AUGUUAAAAUUAAGAAGCAAUGAGUUUGUGGGAGAGUUGCCUUUAUCCUUGAAGAAUUGCAGGAGUUUAAUGGUCCUUGAUCUUGCAGAUAACCAGUUGUCGGGAUCAAUACCUAAAUGGUUGGGGGCUAGCUUUCGGAACUUGGUUAUCCUAAUGCUUUCCUCUAACCACUUCCAUGGAAGCUUGCCCUCGCAACUAUGUGAUCUAAUAUACAUUCAAAUUUUGGAUGUCUCUGUGAACAACAUAUCUGGAGGAAUACCGAAUUGCCUAAAAACGUUGACCACUCUGGCUCAGAAAGGAAAUUCAUUUCUAACCGUCCAACAUGCUUACUCGAGAAUUGCUGAUCAACAAUCAUCCUGGGAGGAUCUUUAUGAGGACAAUGAAAUCUUCAUAUGGAAAGGAAGCAUGCGGGUUUACAGGAAUACUUUGGGGCUUGUGAGAAGUAUUGAUUUCUCAAGCAAUAGAUUGACUGGGGAGAUUCCGGGCGAAAUCAGUCGUCUUGUUGGCUUGGUUUCUUUAAACCUUUCUAGAAACCAACUUACAGGUCAAAUUACUCCAAACAUUGGAAAAUUGGAGUCCUUGGAUUCACUCGAUUUGUCGAGAAAUCAUAUAGACGGAAGAAUUCCAACAAGCCUUGCUCGGAUAAGUCGUCUUGGUGUCUUGGACUUGUCACACAACAACUUGGUUGGAAAGAUUCCAACUAGCACCCAGCUCCAAAGUUUUGAUCCCUCUGUUUAUGCUGGAAAUCCACAGCUCUGUGGACCUCCACUUCAAAAUCUGUGUGAUAUCAAAGAAAUGGGUCCAGAUCAAGUUAGUAACGAAGAAGACAAGGAUGAUCAGCUUACACGCUACGGAUUUUAUAUCAGCAUGGGGCUCGGGUUUUUUGUUGGAUUUUGGGGAGUUUGUGGAAGUCUGAUAUUCAUAAGGGGAUGGAGGUACACAUACUUCAAGUUCUUGAAUUCGCUGAAUGAUUGGCUUUAUGUGAGGGUAGUGAUGAUCAAGCGGAAAUUAACGGAUGCUUAA